UAAGUACUCUAAGCAACUGGUUAGACAAAUUUUUCUUUCCUUACUGUUCAAUUCCCACUCUUUCAUUUUACCCAGAUAAUAUAACAAAGGCUUAUUCAUGGGUGAGAUCCAAGCUUUUCAUACACUUUCACCCCACCAUUAUGUCUGCGUGUGAUAAUUGUUAUUCAGAACGCGUUUCUGAAACAGAACAUGUCCGGGCUGAAAAUAGCUGCUGUUAGGGGCAGUUCCACAGAGCACCGUGGUGGUGCAGUGCCACCCAGUGAUUGUCUGUCUUACUACAGGAUGGUGCAAUAGGAAACGCGUUUCCUACCCUACUGUCUGAUUUUCCUAUAUUAUUACUUUACAUCCAGAGUUAUAAUCUUGAAUCCAAAAGGUUCAUCUUGCACUGUCCAGGAGACGUGUGCUGUCCUGGCCCCCGCCCCAAAUUGCUUACAUCCUCCUGGAUGAUAUGAUGAGAUUUUACUCUAGUUAUUUAUAUCUCUGCAGCAGACCGUAAAUUCUUACAUUCAGUAAGUGAUGGCUUAUCAUUUUCAUGCCACUAUGGUUUAAAGCAUGCAUUAAAUUAACUGCCUGAGGGUUGUGGCCUCAAAUAAAUCAGUAAGCAAGUAUUUAAACCAUUAGUAAUCCUUUAUGUUCCCACAGAAACAUGUGCUGCUAAUGCAGGCUCUAUGUGGCUGGUGAAACAGAUGAAUCUGCUUUUUAUCAAAAUAUACUGAUGUCUUCUGAACGAAUUCAGGUAUUCAAGGAACUUCAUAACAAUCCUUUGAAUGAACUGAAGCUUCCAGAGUUCAUCUUGUCCCUGCUACUAGUGAAACUAUGAUUUUAUUGUAGUGUAGUAGUACUGUACUACAUUAAAUAUAUUAUUAUAGUAUAGUAGGAGAUUAUUUCUCCUGUGGCAGUGAUUUUUUUUUUUAGGUCUUGCUAGCAGAAAGGUUUUCAUAGAGCUCAGAACAUCGGCUUAUUCUACAAGCAAGAGUUAAAGUCAUCCCUCUUGAAGAGUUUCAUCCUGCUUAGAGCUUUACUGUAUUACAUGAGUAUAUAAUUCAUAGCUAUGACAGUCACAGCACUCUUGCAGGAUGGCAGCUGUGGUUAUUUACAUCUUACCAAGAAAUAUAAAGCAUGGGGGAUGCUGAGCAGCUGGUCUUAAGCUAUGGGAGGCUAUGGUCACAAACCUAGAUAUCCUCAAAUGUCUAUCCUGUUCCUUGAUCAUGAACCUGUUGUGUUUUGCAGGAUUUUUGCAGAACAAAUCUUUAGUGAAUACUGACAUUUUGUCCCAGAUUUAUCCUCUGUUUGCAUGUAAAUCUGUUCAGUGUUUUAAUUCAUGAUGGUUGUCCUAUUAAAAACGGGCUUCAAUGCAAACUAUCACAGACUCCUGAUGUGAUCACCCUGUUAUGUCUGCAGAGCUGCUAUAUAUGCAGCCACUGUGGGGAUGAACUUGUCAAACUGGAAUGAAUUUAGCUCAAGGGACACUUGUCAUGAAGACCAGCCUAUAACGUUACCAUCAGUGAGUCUCUCAGUGCACAAAUCACCAUGGCUUUGCAAAACAUAAGGCCUUGACCAUGCCUCAGUAUUUGGCUGUAACUUUUGGAUGCUGUUACCUGUAAGUGCGCACAUAACCCUAAAAUGGAAAGCAAAAUUUCCUAAGAAAGCAACAACAGGGGAAAAAAAGUCUUCUGGUACUUCUCCAAAUCCUGGAAUCAAGGAAUUAUCACUAUCAUCUUCCUGGUGCUUUUGUUAUGUAGAAAGCAUUACCACAGAGGAAAAUGAAGAUAAAGAAGAGUGGAAAACCAAGAAGAGGAAAAGUCUGCAAAGUUGAAUCUAGAAGAAAGUGCUUUUGAAGCACUGGAAAAAGACUUCCAAGAAGUCAUCAAUCUUCUUAAGGGAGAUAACACUCUGGAAAAAUUUCGAACGGAAUAUGAGAAGCUCUAUGCUGUUUUGAAGAAGUCACAUGAAAAUGAGAAGAGACUCAUGGAAAAAUGCAGGCAGCUGAACGCUGAACUUGUGGUCAACUCCUCUAAAGUAGCUGCUCUCACAAAGCUUUCGAAGGACGAUCGGGGGACUAUAUCAUCAAUGAAGGCGGAGAUUGAAAAAGCCUGGAAAAUGGUGGAUGCAGCCUUUGAAAAGGAACAGAAAGCAAAGGAAACAAUUAAUUCACUACAGGAGGAAAUAGCACGCCUGUCUAGUUCAGUGGAGCAGGGAUCUGGACUGUCUUCCAGUCAGGAGUACAAUAUCAGUGAUUUGAUAAAAUACAAAGAAGAGAUAACAAAGGAGCGAGACGAACUCUUGUCAGAAGUCGUGGAGUUACGUCAAAGUCUGGCUCAAGCCACAGAGCAGCAGCAGGAUGCAGAGAGGGCAAAGAAUGAGGCAGAUGAAGCCAUUAUGCAGCUUCAGCAAGAAAUCCAACUGCGUAACAAUGAGAUAUCACGAGAAGCUCGGAAAAAAGAAAAAAUGGACAAGGAGCUGAAAAAUCUUCAAGCUGAAAUAGCUAAUAAGCAGACUGAGAUCAAGAACUUACAGCAACGUAUACAGAAGAACAAAGAAGAACAACAGAAACUGGAACAAAAUCUAAAAGAGCAGAAGAUGUUGAAUGAAAAAACUGGUAAGGAACUUGAGCAAUUUCAGAUGAGAAAUACUAAGCUUAUGCAAGAGAGUGAGCAGCACAGCGUGAUGUUUCAAGGAGUAAUGCAGGAUCUUCACAAAAAGACAGCAGAACUGAAAGUCAAAAACAAUGAACUGUCUCAAGUGCGACUUGAAAUUUCAAAGUUGAACAAAUUAAGUGUUGCUCUCCAGAGUAAGCUACGUGCUGCAGAAGAAAAGAAAGUUGCUGCAGGACAUGAGAGAGAGACCCUAAAAAGUCAUAUAUCUAGUCUAGAGAGAGAGUUGGAGGCUGCCAAAAAGCAAGCAGAGAUUGACAAGAAAGCUAUAGAUGGUCUUGUGAGAGAAAGGGACACGCUUGGUCAGAACUUGAACAGGGCCACCAAUGCCGUUCAGAAGCAGAUAGAUUUGGUGAAGCUCCACGAGCAGUCCAAGAAAAGCUUAGAAGACGAAAUUCAAAAUUAUAAGAUCGAAGCUCAGAAACAAAGGAAGAUUAUUUACCAGUUGGAGAAGGAGAGAGAUUGUUUCAUCAGUGAAGCCAGUGAUCUCAAACAGAAGGUCCUCCAGCACAUGAAAGAUGUUGAAAUACGGGAAGUGAAGAUCUGUGACUGUGAGAGGAAAAUAGAAGAGUCUGAGCUUAAAUUAAAACAGCAACAAAACAUCUGUGAAACUGUGAGAACAGAGAGGAACCUGUACAGUAAAAAUCUGAUUGAAGCAAAGGAUGAGAUAACAGAAUUGAAGAAAAGACUGAAAACUGAGACACAUCAGGGGGAUCAGCUGAAAGAAGAGAUUGGAAAGAAAGCAGAUGCUCUGGCAAAAGCACAUCUGGAACAUCAGCAACUAGAGAGGGAGAAGGAAUCAUUGAAGACUGAACUGUCGAAGAUGAAAAAACAAGCUCUGGAGACCAAGAAAUUCAUAGAAAAUCAGGAGGCAGAAGAAAGAAAGCUCCUAAAUAUAAUUGCUGAGGCUGAUGCUGAGAGACUGAAGCAGAAGAAGGAAUACGAACAGGUUAUCAAUGAGAGAGAUGUCCUUGGGUCCCAACUUGUUCGACGCAAUGAUGAAGUGGCUCUUCUCUACGAAAAGAUCAAAAUCCAGCAAUCCAUCUUAAACAAGGGUGAGAGUCAGUACAGGCAGAGAAUGGAAGACAUCCGGCUUCUCAAGAUGGAGAUCAGAAAACUUCGUCGUGAGAAGGGAAUACUUGGUAAAACUGCGGCAAACGUAGAGGAGCUCAGACUGGAAGUUCAUCACAUGAGGAAGGACCUAUUAAGAGAACAGACUCGGUGCAAAGUUUUGGAAGAAGAACUGGAGAAUCCCUUGAAUGUUCACAGAUGGAGAAAACUGGAGGCCAGUGACCCAAGUACCUAUGAACUGAUCCAGAAAAUACACAGGCUACAGAAGCAGCUUAUCAGCAAGACAGGUGAAGUGAUAGAAAAAGAACUGCUCCUACAGGAAAAGGAGAAACUAUAUGUGGAAUUGAAGCAUGUCCUGGCCCGGCAGCCAGGGCCUGAAGCUGCAGAACAGUUACAGCUCUACCGGCACACUCUCCGAGAGAAGACCAAACAGCUGAAAAUUUUGUCCUCAGAACUGAAUAUGUAUGAAUCACAGAGCCAAGAAUACAAAUAUGAAAUUGAAAGGCUUGCCAACGAGCUUCUGAAUGUGAAAAAGAAAUAUCUGGCUCAGAAACGCAAGGAGCAUCAGGCCAAGGAGAAGGAGCGAUCCUUGGCUGGAAGGGAGUCUGAGUUCCCACACCUUAGACCUGAUGUUCCUCGCUUCACUGGAGGGGGCUUUGCUUUCAGCAGACCCAUUCCCAAAGUCACAGCUUAGGAGUGGAGUCAUCGCUUUCCCAGUCUCUUGCUAAACUCUGCCUGUGCUGGAUUGUUUGACAACUGAGAAUUUAGAAAGAAAUUCCUUAUCAACUUUUGCUCUGAAAUCACUGUAUUGCCUUCAGGACAAAUAAAGGCAUUUUGUGUUAGAACUAGCCUACUUCUGGUUCAGAAACAAAGGACUAAACCUACAUGUGUGAUGCCAGCAGAAACCUAAACUGUAGAACUGAGUGGUGGAGACUGUGCAGAUAUUUCUUCCAUACUGUAUCUCUUUAUUCAGCACAGUAACACCACAAAAUGCCUUAAUAUGUGGAGCGAUUUCCCCUUUAUCUACCUCUGUUGUAAGCACUCACUCCAUUUGUCGUCUGAGUCAAAACACCUGAAAGAAAAGUGAAAACGGAAAAGAAAAAUUAAUAAGCUGAUGUUCCAAGCCCUGCUGUGCAAAUGCAAAAUUAACAACUCUGUUCUUAGAUGUACACAUGUAGCAGUUCUUUGUGCAGGUGGUAUAUAAUUUGGUUUAUUCACUGUUUGCUGCAGUUGUUAGUGAGAUCAAGGAGGCUUGCGGCUGCAAUGUGCAUUAUUAAGAAUGUGAUUCUGUUUACUCUGAUAGACACAAAGUGACAUAAUUAUGCCUAUUCAACUGGGGAGACUGCACACUGGCUGGGACAUGCUGUUCUCCCACGUAAAUCCUUCCCAGUAAGUCAAACUUGGAUUCAAAACACGGGAAACUUUACUCUUUAAUUUCUAGGCUUGGGCAUUUUUGUAACUUUCAGAAAUUGUUUUUGUAAUGCAGCAGGAGCCCUCCAACCUUUUCAGCCAAAAGAGAUUUAAUUACCAUUCAUUAACAAGUGAAAUAACAAAGUCACUGCAUGAGGUGCUGAAGUAUAGAAAACUUUCAAGCUGUAAAAUAAAAUGUUUUCAAACUGA